GUCUGGAAUGUGGGGGUGUAGCCUGUCUGGGACCCGCCUUCUUAUGAAUAUUCAUAAGCCGGGAAGGACGGGGUCUUAACCCUUCGUUGCCGGGCCGGCCGGAAGGCGGCCCCUCCCCCCGCGGGCGGGAACAGGAUAUGAGGCCGGGCGGCUGGGGGGAGGGGAAGCCCCAGGCGACCGCCCCCCGCCCCACAGCUGGCACCAGACUCUCCCGCCACUGAUGUGGCGCCGUCGCCGCCGCCGGAGCCCAGUCCCACCCAUCCCGGAGCCUCAGGGGUCCAGAGUAGCGGACUCUGGCGCCCCGAAUCUCUGCACCGCAUCCUGAGACACCCUGAAGCCCAGGCCCCCACAUCCAGGCUAGAGGACCCCAGAUAUCCAGAUGCCCAGCGCCCCCUCCUGGAGGAGCCGGAGUCCAGGACAUCAGCCCUGCGCGACCCUGGAGGCCGGGCUUCCUGCACCCCAGUUUGAAGAACUUAGGAUCCCAGACCGGACAUCCCCUCCUGGGCUUCCCAGAAAUCCAAGACUCCCGGGGGCUGGAGGAACUUGGGAUACGGACUCCCCGCGCCCCAACCAGUCUAUUUUGGGCUGAAGCGCCCACUGCUUCAAGGGGACCCAGGAAUUUGGGACUCCCCGGCGCUCCCGCCUGGAAGUGGUUUAACUCCUGCUCCUAGAGUUAGGGGAACUCAGGAAUCCGGGCCCCCCACGGCCCGAUCUAGACGACUCAGGAAUUUGGGUCCCCAGCACCCCUAUCUGAGACUCAGGAGUCGAGGCUCCCAGCAUCCCCCAUUUAGAGGACCGAGAAAUUCGGACCGCUGCACCCCAUCCUCUAAGAGGCCCCGGAUUCUGGUUCCCGAAGCCGGAGAGCCCGAAGUUGACGCCCCCGACUUGGAGAGACCCAGGAGUCCGGGCUCUGCGCCUCCCCGGAGACCGUGCCGGGGGCCGAGGAGGAACCGGGUGCCUCGGUUCGGAGCUGGAGACUCCUCGGGAGGGGGUCUCUCUGCAGAAGCCGCUGAGCCGCUCAGCCAUGCCCGAGGGAGCCCGUGGACUGAGCCUGUCCAAACACAGCCCUAGCCUUGGCCGUGGCCACACAGGUGAAGUGGGUGACUGUGCAGCUGUGUGUGAGACUCGCACAGCAGCUCCUGCAAACCCUGCCAUGGCCUCCCCCCGAGGGUCUGGGAGCUCCACAUCCCUGAGCACGGUGGGCUCUGAGGGGGACCCGGCUCCGGGGCCCACCCCAACCUGCUCAACCUCCAAGCCGGAGCCCCUUCCAGGGCCCCCCAUCAGUCUGCAUCUGUCGCCCAUGGGGACCCCCAGUUCAGCAAAACCCUCGAGGCUGGAGCGUGUGGCCCGUGAGAUCGUGGAGACAGAGCGGGCCUAUGUCCGGGACCUCCGCAGCAUCGUCGAGGACUACCUGGGCCCUCUGCUGGACGGCGGGGUCCUGGGGCUGAGCACGGAGCAGGUGGGCACACUGUUUGCCAACAUCGAGGACAUCUACGAAUUCAGCAGCGAGCUCCUGGAGGACCUGGAGGGCAGCGGCAGCGCGGGGGGCAUUGCCGAGUGCUUCGUGCAGAGGAGCGAGGAUUUUGACAUCUACACGUUGUACUGCAUGAACUAUCCGAGCUCCCUGGCCCUGCUCCGGGAGCUGUCGCUGUCUCCGCCGGCAGCCUUGUGGCUGCAGCAGCGCCAGGCCCAGCUCCGCCACUCGCUGCCCCUGCAGAGCUUCCUGCUGAAGCCUGUUCAGCGCAUCCUCAAGUACCAUCUGUUGCUGCAGGAGCUAGGCAAGCACUGGGCGGAGGGGCCGGGCGCCGGGGGCCGAGAGAUGGUGGAGGAGGCCAUCGUGUCCAUGACAGCGGUCGCCUGGUACAUCAACGACAUGAAGCGCAAGCAGGAGCACGCCGCGCGCCUCCAGGAAGUGCAGCGGCGGCUGGGCGGCUGGACCGGCCCGGAGCUCAGCGCUUUCGGGGAGCUGGUGCUGGAGGGGGCCUUCCGAGGUGGCGGCCCCCGACUCCGAGGGGGUGAGCGGCUGCUCUUUCUAUUCUCACGGAUGCUGCUCGUGGCCAAGCGCCGGGGACCGGAAUACACCUACAAGGGCCACAUCUUCUGCUGCAACCUGAGCGUGAGCGAGAGUCCUCGGGACCCCCUGGGGUUCAAGGUGUCCGAUCUGACCAUUCCCAAGCACAGGCACCUGCUCCAGGCCAAGAACCAAGAAGAGAAGCGGUUGUGGAUCCACUGUCUCCAGCGCCUCUUCUUUGAGAACCACCCUGCCUCCAUCCCUGCCAAGGCAAAACAAGUUCUCCUUGAAAACAGCCUGCACUGUGCUCCUAAAAGUAAGCCUGUCCCAGAGCCCUUGACGCCCCCACUUGGAUCUCCCCGACCUCGUGAUGCUAGAAAUUUCACUCCUGGACGAAGGAACACAGCUCCGUCCCCAGGACCCUCUGCUACACGCCGUGGCCGCAGGCAGUCUGAGCCAGUGAAGGACCCUUAUGUCGUGUUUCAACAGAAUGCUAAGCCUAGGCUCAAGCAUGCUGGCAGUGAGGGGGAGCUCUACCCGCCCUUAGAGCCUCAGCCACCAGAUCCAGCUUCUGGACCCCCUGAGGACCUGGAGGACACUGGACCCCCCACACUGGACCCUUCUGGGACUUCCAUCACUGAGGAAAUCCUGGAACUGCUGAACCAAAGAGGCCUCCGGGACCCGGGGCCAUCGCCUCAUGACAUUCCCGAGUUCCCCGGAGACUCCCAGGUGCCAGGCGACAGCGAAACCCUCACAUUCCAAGCCCUGCCCAGCCGGGAUUCGUCAGAAGAGGAGGAGGAGGAGGAGGAAGAGCUGGACAUGGACGAACGGGGGCCCUCCCCACUGCACGUGCUAGAGGGGCUUGAAAGCUCCAGUGCUGAGAUUGCUGACGCUCCCUGCCUUAGCAAAAACCCUGACGGGCCCAACCUCCCUGAAAUUCCCGGCCUUUCUGAAAUUCCCAGCAUUCCCCGCCUUCCCAGUCUUUCGGACAUUUCCACUGUUUUUGAAAUGCCCUGCCUUCCAGCCAUACCCAGUGUCCCUGACAUUCCAAAUCUUUGCAACGCUCCCGCCCUUCCCGCUGACUCUUGGCUCCAGGGACCUCUGCAGGAGCCGGAGAAGGCUCUAGCCGCCAGGAGAGAACUGUUCCCUGGCAGCGCUUCUGGAAAACUGGGGGAGCUCUCCUCAGGAGGCAGGGCAGAGCAAGAGGAGGAGGAAGGGGUAGCAUUCCCAGAUUUCCAGCCCCAGGACAUCCCCCGAGAUCAGGGGUUCCAGGAUGAGCUGCCAUUUCGCUCUUGCUCAGAAAUCCGGAGCGCCUGGCAGGCACUUGAGCAGCGGCAGCUGGCUCGGCCAGGUUUCCCGGAGCCACUGCUGAUCCUGGAAGAUUCGGAUCUGGGUGGAGGCAGCAGGAGUGGCAAGGCAGCAGCCCCGAGUGCGGAGAGGGCGGCGUCCCGGGUGCGAGAGCUGGCCCGGCUCUACAGCGAGCGGAUCCAGCAGAUGCAGCGGGCUGAGACCCGCGCCUCAACCAAUGCCCCCCGCCGCCGACCCCGGGCUCUGGCCCAACCCCAGCUGGCCCCCUGCCUGCCCCAUGAGCAGGCCGAGCCAGGUGAGGUCCGGGUGUGUGGUCGGCAGAGGGGCCCGCCCUGUGGCAUCAGUCCUGACUCGCUCCUCCUUUCUCUGCAUACAGGGCCCCUGCUUGCCUUUGGACACAUGCUGGUAUGUGAGCUGGCCCUCCCGCUGACCUGUGCCCAGGAAUCUGUCCCCCUGGGCCCCGCUGCCCGGGUUCAAGCUGCCACACCUUUGUCUAAGCAGCGAGACUGCCCAGAUGGCCAGAGUCUAAAUGUUUCAAAUGUGCCUGAGCAAGACCGUCUAGGCACCCAGCUUCCAGCUGCCACCCCUUUGCCUGAGCAAGGAGGCCUCUGGAACAUCCAGAGUCCAGCCACCACACCUUUGCCCAGGCAGGACUUUGGCCCCUUGACCGUCCAGAUUCCAGCUGUUACAACUUUGUCUGAUCAAGAAGGCCACCGGGAAAUCCCGGUUCCAGGGACCACUCCUUUGCCUGAGCAGAGAGGCCCUGUGGAUAUACAGGUUCCAUCUACCGCCUCCUUUCCUGAGCAAGGACACCACGUGGACAUAGAAGUUCCGACCGCCCCAGCUUUGCCCGAGCAGGGAAGUUGUUCUCAUGUCACGGUUUCAGCUACCACUCCUAUGCCCAAGCGAGAAGUCCUCCUAGACAGCCAGAGCCCACCCAGCCCCCCAGUAACUAAGCAGGGAUCUUCUAGCAAUGCUCAGUUCCCGGCCGCUGUCUGCGGCCAAGCUGUCAGCCCUUUGCUCGUGCACAAAAGCAGCGUUGACCAUCAGAUCCCAGCCAAGACCCCAGUGCCCUUGCAGCAUGACCCCCCAGACGUUCAGGUUCCGGGUACCCCACCUUUGCCUGCACAUGGAGGCCACCUGGACUGUCAGAUCCCAGCCAACGCUCCAUCGUCUUUGCCCCAGGACCCCCCAGACGUUCAGGUUCCAGGAACCCCACCUUUGCCUGCACAUGGAGGCCGCCUAGACCAUCAGAUGCCAGCCAACGCUCCAUCAUCUUCGCCCCAGGACCCCUCAGACCUUCAGGUUCCAGCUGCCACGCUUUUGCCCCAGCCACAAGGCCUCGCAGGCACCCGGAUCCGAGCCCUCCCAUCCUUACCCAAGCAGGGAGGCCUCCCUGACACCCAGGGUCCAGCUGCUGCACCUUCACUUCAGGAGCAAAGCCUUUCAGAUCCCCAGGUCCAAAAGCGCACACCUGUGUUGGAGCAGAAGCGUGUCACUACCGUCCAUGUUCCAGCUGCCACACCUUUGCCUGAGCUGGGAGGCUCUGGGGACGUUCAGGGCCUGUUACCCACCCCAGUUCAGACCACCAUGGUUUUGUCCAAACCAGGAGGCUACUCGGUCUCUCCUGUCACCAGUUCAGAAUCUUCAGACUUGACCCCACCCCAUAGUCCCCUACCUGCAACCCGUCAGCUCCUGGGCCCCAACGCAGCUGCCCUCUCAAGGUACCUGGCAGCCUCAUACAUCAGCCAGAGCCUGGCUCGGCGCCAAGGGCCUGGGGGAGAUGCCCCCCUAGCCUCCCGGGGCCCCUGGUCCUCCUCUGCCCCCACAUCACGGGCACCUUCACCGCCACCCCAAGCCCAACCCCCACCGCCCCCAGCCAGGAGGCUCAGCUAUGCCACCACUGUCAACAUCCAUGUCGGGGGUGGGGGGCGGCUGCGGCCAGCCAAGGCCCAGGUCAGGUUGAACCACCCUGCUCUCUUGGCGCCCACCCAGGAACCCAUGGGUCUUCGCAGGGCCCAGGGGGCUCCAGACGCCCCUUUCCACACAUGAGCCAGGAUGUCAGGCUUCUUGAAAAGCAAGGACUUCAACCAGAUGCCACAGACCCUCAGAACUUCACCCAGAAGUCUAGACACUGAACACAGGUCUAAAGAUGGCUGCAGCUUUCCAGCUCCUGGGAUCUGCUUUGGCGAAUGGUUCUUGUUACUUACCUUGAUUAACUCAACAGGGAUGGGGAAGGGGUGUCAUUAAUAUUUUGUUAAUUAAUAUUAUGAAAUUAUGUCUCUUUUCCUAUUCUGGAAGCGUUGGGGGAUGCCAGAAGACAACAAUGAAUGGGAAAGUCUGGCAGAGCAUGAAUCAGUGGCUCUGAAGAUUUGGGGAAUCUCAGACUCCUUUGAGAAUUACUAGCAACUGGAGCCAUUGCAAUAUGACUGUAUGACUUCAGAGGGUUUAUGAACUGCUUGAUGUCCAUCCAGGAAAGCCAAGUUAACAAGCUUUGUUCCACCUAGACCCCUAAAAAUUCAUGCCCUUAGCAAUUUAGCCAGUUCAUGCGGCCCACCAUCAUCCAUUCAUCUCAUCCACUCAGCCAUUUCUGCAUCUAUCCGUCCAGCUGGCUCUCCCUCUGUCUGUUUAUCCAUCUUCCAACCCAUUAUCCUACCCACAUGGCUUGCUUUAUUCAACCCUCUCUAUCCUAUUCAUCCAGCCAGCCAUUAUCCUGCCCCCCAUGGAACAUCCAUUCCUCCGUGAAUCUCUUCAUCCAUCUAUCAUCCCACCUGUCCAUCUUCUCCAUCCAACCCUCUCUAUUCAUCCAUCUGUCUCUCCAUAUUUCCUCUCUCCAUUCAUCCAUACAGCUCAUUCACUCAACCAUGUCUUAAUCCAUCGAGCCAGCCAGCCAUCCAACCAUUUAAAUAUCUCCAGCAAUCCCUCCUUAAUUGAAUCUGGGUGUUGGUACUGCAAAACUUCAGAGACAGUUCCAGCUAACAUCAGAGUGGAUCAGGUUUGGGAUUCUGGAAAAAAGCCUGUCCCACA